AUGAGCAACUACGAAGAAGAAAACAUCGAUUCUGGUUCAGUAGCAGGCAAGUCAGACGCUGAAUACAAGCAAGAUAUCUCUGCUCGUGAAAAGGAAGUAGCAAAGUUUUUGAAUCAAGGAAAACCAUCUGAAGCCAUCCCAAUUGCUCUUCAAGACCCACCAAUUUACACCAAAUCACAAGCUAUCAAAGAUCAAAAUUCUGCAGUUGUUGUUGGAUUAUUAGGACAAGUAAAGGAAAAGGAUGUUGAUGCAUGCGUUGAACGUCUCGAUGCCGACCAAUUGGACAUCUUGAUGAAAUACAUCUACCGUGGACUUGCCACUGGUGAUAACUCUGCCAUCUUUUUCAAGUGGUUCGAAGCUACUCUCAAGAAGGGUGGUAUCGGUUCAGUUGUCAGAGCCAUCUCUGAAAGAAAGACUGUUUAA